AUGACCACUCUUGGAGUCUUUGGCGAUCUUGUGCAAAGAGAAGGUCAUGGAAGUCGGAGUGUGCAUGGAUUCAGUGAAGGUCGUUUUUUGCGUCGCGCGGGAUGGGUGUCACGUCGAGGUGUGUUUUCAAUCAUAUUGGUCAAUAUUCAAUCCCAGAAUGCAGCAAGUCUGGCGUUCGCUAUCUACGAACCGUGCCCAGCAAAAAAAAACGAUCUUACCUUUCGGAAGACCAUGACCUCGGAAACUCUCCAUCCUUCGAGUACACCCGAAAUCCUGAUCAAUCAUGUUGGAUACUUAAUGUAG